CCCUCCCGGCUCGCCUGGGCCUAUCGGAAGGAGUGGUGUGUGUGUGAGUGUGAGUCUGUGUGCGAGGGCAAGUGGGGAGGGGGACCCAGCUCAAGACCGGGAGGCCCUGCUCGCAGGUCUCGGGGCCGCGGUGGCGGCCAGAGCGCUUGGUCCGCAGGCAGCGGGCAGGUGGUCCUCCCUCCCGCCCCCACCCCGCGCGUGCGCGCCCCAGCCUCUGCCUCCCCGCCACCCUCUGGGCUCCCGCGCGGCGGCGGCGGUUCCUCUCCCCCUUCCGCCAGCCCUGGCUCCGGGGGAUCCCGCGAUGCCGGUCCGCACCGAGUGUCCCCCGCCGGCCGGUGCCUCGGCUGCCUCCGCGGCCUCACUCAUCCCGCCACCGCCCAUCAACACCCAGCAGCCCGGCGUGGCCACAAGCCUGCUCUACAGCGGCUCCAAGUUCCGCGGCCACCAGAAGAGCAAGGGGAACUCGUACGACGUAGAGGUGGUGCUGCAGCAUGUGGACACAGGCAAUUCUUACCUUUGUGGGUACCUGAAGAUUAAAGGCCUUACUGAGGAGUACCCAACACUUACAACCUUCUUUGAAGGAGAAAUAAUCAGCAAAAAACACCCUUUCUUAACUCGAAAGUGGGAUGCAGAUGAAGAUGUUGAUCGGAAACACUGGGGAAAGUUUCUGGCUUUUUAUCAGUAUGCAAAAUCGUUUAAUUCAGAUGACUUCGAUUAUGAAGAGCUGAAGAACGGGGACUAUGUCUUCAUGAGGUGGAAGGAACAGUUCCUGGUUCCAGACCACACAAUCAAAGACAUCAGCGGUGCUUCCUUUGCUGGGUUCUACUACAUCUGCUUUCAGAAGUCGGCAGCCUCCAUAGAGGGCUACUACUAUCAUAGGAGUUCAGAAUGGUAUCAGUCUCUCAAUCUAACCCAUGUCCCUGAACACAGUGCACCUAUCUAUGAAUUCCGGUGACAGCGGUUCAGAACAGCAAGCAAAUAAAACUGAACUUGGCAAAAAUGAACUUUGCUGAGAAAGUUGUGUACCUGCCAGAACCAGGAGAAGUGUGUUCCUGUUUCUUCACGAGCAGACUUGCUUCAGAAAGCAUGAAUGUUAACCCCCAGGAUCCACGGAGCAUGGCUGACCAGCGGGGCAGGGGAAGGGAGUGGUCUCCAUUCUUCCUCCCUCUCGGUAGUAGUUUGGUCUUCAUCUGUUUUUAAGCUACCUUACAUGCACUUUUCCUUCCUGCACAGCUAACUUCUGCAUCACUGAAAUUUCCAUAUUCCUUCCUCCUCCAGCCAAGUAGAAGAUCUGCUCCCAGAUCACUCUCAGCCUUGGUGCUCAUGGGCCCCAGGCCUCCCUCCCGCAAUGGCUUUGUCUGGUAGCUUAAGAGAAGGCAGAGCCCCCACACCUCUGUGCCCCCAGAGCUCUGUGCAGGGAGCUGGCGAGCUGCAGCAGUAUCUGCCGCCAGCGACAAAAGAGGCAGAGGCUGAGUGGUCCUUGCUGGGCCACCUCAGUCUUCAGUUCUGAUGGCUUCACAGGCCAACAGGUGCUGCUGAGCCUGGCACUGUUCACACUCAGUGGCUGUCAGGUUCCCUGGGCCUGCCGUCGGGGUCACUAAAUACAAGGCUUCCAGACCCCUGGCAGGAACAGAUUUCAGUCCUGCUUACUCAGUACAUUUGCUCUAAACUUUUGAACUUGAGGGCAAUACUAAACUUAAAAAUAAGAGUUUUUUAUUACAAAAUUAUUUUUAUGGUCCUUUUAACGAGGACCCCUAUGGCAAAUGCACAAUUAUUCAGAAUUACAUUUUAUCGUUUUCACAUUGAAAACAGCAAAUGUUGACUUAGUAAUUUUUAUAUGUAUGUGUAUAUUUAAUCAACCAGCAGUUUUGAAACUAGUCAUCCUGGUACAAAAGUUUUGCAGCAUUGCAUAAAUUAUAGUGCUAAACACCAGACUGUUUUUGGAGCCCAUUUAGCAUUUGUACCUCCUUCUUUUGCUACUCAAAACAACAGCGCUUCAUGGUCAGCUUUUCCAUGAGGCAGAAGGGGUUGUGAUUCUCCAAAACAGUUGGGAUGGGGUGGGAGGGAUGGGAGACAUGAACACGCUCAAAUAACACGAGGCUCCUGUGCCAAAGUGUGUGUGUGCGCGUGUGUAUGUGGUUUUUUGUUUCUUGUUUUUGUUUUUUGGGUUUUUUUAAUGUUUAAAAAGCUUAAUAGGUUGGCAUCAGUUGUAGCCUGCAAAUAUAGGCAGGGCUUUGGGGAAUUGGCAUUUUCUGGUGGUUCACAAGACUUACUCCUAAUACAAGAGGAAAAGCUUUAAAAACAAGAUAGCAUUAUAACCCACCAGAGCAGAGCAACCUUGAGGUUGCACAUCCACAGAUGGUGUAAGAAAGCGUAAAGCACUUCAGGGAGAGGAGCUGAGUGGUGGGACAAUUUUUUAUUAAGAAGUAACUUUCCUUUUAUUGACAUAUGUACUGUAUGUUACUGAGAUUGAAUGUUAGGAGACGCCUUAAAGGAGAAGUAUUUGGGGAAGUAGGCAGUGGGCACUUGUGAUAUAUAAAGUUUUGGUCCCAGGAAUGAGUACGGAGGGGCAACCCACUCAUUCAGUAUAGGCAGGGCCUUGGAUCCCUAAAAUAUUGCUUCUGUGACUUACGAAGAAAAAUAAUUCACAUCCAUUUCCAAAGAUGCAGCAGAAAAGUUUUCUUACUCUUAAAACUUAACAAGGCAUCAGAAUGGCUGGCUCUGGGCAAACCCAGCUGUGAGUCCUGCUCAUACUCACCAGGAGAUGCUCACUGUGGCUUCAGUUAAAUGUCGGAGCCACUGAGGAGGGAAGGGGGCCACAGGGCUCUGUGGCCUGUUCCUGCAGCUUGGGCAUCAUACUCUCAGUCUUCUGCACGGUGUACUGGGCAGUACCCCUGCAUUUCAUGAACCUCCUUGCCCCACUUGGAGCUCUGUGGGGAGAGGUCAUCCCUCAUGCUUGUUGGGGGUUUGUCCUGUGGCUCUGGGUGGCAAUUCAAGUGGGCAGAAGACAUCUGCCAACACUGCUGGUGUUUUAGCCAGGCAGGCCACAUCCUGUAGAGUUUCUUCCCUCCUUUUUAGUAGGCAAUGAAGUGCAUACCAUUAAGUUGUGUUGGGAAAAAUGAAGAAAUGAUACCUUUACUUCAAACACGUCUGUGAUGAAGAUUUGUCCACUUAAAAGCCUGCCAACUGAGGACAGGGAAGGGGUUAGGUAUUUUCCUCAUCCACAGUUAAGCUUUCCUGAACCUUCUCAGUGGUUCACACGCCUCUGAUACUAUGUGCAAUAUUUUUGGCUGACACUUGUAUCCAUCAUUGAGAAAUGAGCACUGACUGCAGAUUUCCUAUCUUUACUGAACAGCUCCCAGGGAUCUGUUUGUUCUUACCCACUGCUCAGAAAGCCUCCAUUCUGCUGUCCCCAACCGCUGCCCUCCUCUGGGUGGGACUUCCACCCACCCUUCCUUUUACAGUUUAGAAAGCGUUUCAGCUGCAGCCCAAAAGUAAUGAAACAAUGCCUGAUACUAAGUGGAAAGUCAGUUUGUGUGCUGGGUCUGUUGGUAAUGAAAUCACAGACUCUAAGGGAGCAAAGGGGUUUUUUGAUGUCUUUCAGAAGCAGAAAAUUUAUAUUCUCACUAAGGCCUUGAAUUGACUUUUUUUCCCUCAUAAAAUAGUUCAAUAAGCUAAUUUUUAAAAAGAAAUGCCAGUAAGUAUGUUGCAUUGUGGUUUAAAAUUACUAACAAGUUCUGGAAAAGAAAAAUAAUAUUUGAUUUUGAAUAUUAAAUGUUUUUAAAAAUUAGAUUUGAAUGGGUGCAAAGUAUGAAUAUUUUGUUUCUUUAUGGAGGACAUGUGAAAAGGGUGUGAGGAUAUGGGAUGGGAAAAGUAUUUUGCAGAGCUAUCAAUGUCCAAAUACUUUUUAAAAAAAAAAUAAAGGUAUUUAAGCAGUGA